AGGAUGUCAGUGAGCCAAUCGAGGAUGCGGUUUAGUCAUGUGCUGGCUUUGGUUGUGUAUGGUGAUCUUGUCCCUGGGGGCUAAGCCCACGCAGGCCGUGGUCGGCGGCAACCCGGCGGCGCCACCGGAGCCCGACGCCGCCGUGGUCUUCACGCAGAGACACGGAUUCAGCGCCCGUCUGGAAGGUCUCAAGGAUGACCGUCGUGGCUACUAUACAUUUGCUGGCAUACGUUAUGCUGAACCACCCAUCGGGCCAAGGAGGUUCCAAAGGCCUCUGCGGCGAUACUUGGCCGGUGAGAUAAACGCUACACGAUAUUGUCCACCAUGUCCACAAGUGGACCCAAGAGGAUCGAAUCGAGUCAUUGGAAGCGAAGACUGUUUGUGCCUGAAUAUAUUUGCCCCAAAAAUGCCAGGCACCGAGGAAGGAUGUCCGGUCGUGUUCUUCAUUCAUGGAGGCAACUACAAAACGGGCUCUGCCCAGCCAUACGGGGGUCAGCAUUUUACACAAAAAGAUACAAUACUAGUAACAGCACAGUAUCGACUUGGAUCGCUGGGAUUUCUAAGCACGGGAACUAAGGACGCAUCGGGUAACACAGGACUAUUCGAUCUACAUUCAGCAAUGACAUGGAUCAAGGAUUACAUAGAAUUUUUCGGUGGCGACAGCUCUCGUAUACUUGUGAUGGGUCAAGGGUCUGGUGGUAGUGCGGCGUCCCUGAUGGCGUUGUCAAACGAAGGCCGUGCAGCAACAGGAGUCGCAGCUCUAUCAGGGACUCCGUUAUCUCCGGGAGCAAUACGAUCAGAUCCCAAACAACAUGCAAAAGCUGUAGCUGAAGGCACAGGCUGUCCUACAGAACCAUCAGAAAGAAUGCUUUUGUGUCUGAGAAAAUUACCAGCAGAGAAAAUAAUAAUGGUAGACAAGGAAAUCAGUUCUGAUUCUAUGAUUGAAACGCAAGCCUUCCUUAACGAAAUAUCAGGACGAUCAGGUACUGGGGCUAGAAUUGAAGGAGCAUACGACAAUCGCGGCCUUCCUCCUAUGGUGGCAGAAGCACCUUCGGAAUCUCUUCAGCUGAAGCAACAACGAAGCCCGAUGCUCACAGGUGUCACCUCGGCAGAGACUUCUAAUGCUGUGUUUGGUAAAUACGCCAAGUUCCUGACAGAGCAAUUGACGGCCGUAAAAGAUUUUAUAAAGAAAGAUUUGAUCGGCGGCUUGAAGGGGGUCGUUAAAGGUGUGGAGGGUCUCAAUCCCCUCAAGAUAGCCGGCAUUCAACAAGUGAUUCCUCUACCAGAUUAUUAUCAAGCUUUGUUUGAUAGUACUUUCAAUGCCAUUGACGGCCUCUCGCAAAUUGUUGAUGCCACAGGUGAUGCGCUGUUCAACUUCCCAGCCUACCAGAGCGUUAGAGCGUGGAGUAACAAAGCCCCUGCUCUUAUGUAUAGCUUUGAGCACCUGGGGAACCUCAGCAAGGGGUCACAUUUCCUACCUGGCCUCGCCCUUACACAGGGCCAAGACGAUCCAACAAAUGGCGUAGAAGAGCAGCCAAAGAAAAAGGGACCAGCCCAUGGGGAUGAACUGGCAUAUCUUUUCGAGCCUUUGGAUGAUGAGGGCAAGCCCGUUGGCGGUGCCGUGUCUCCGAGUGAUGCGCAGACUCGAGAAACUUUUGUUGGACUUUUUGCUAAGUUCGCCCAUAACAUACGACAGAACAUGAACUCAACUGCGUCAAAAAAUAUAUUUGGAUUUCCAUCGUUCUCGUCUGAAACCGAACAAUAUUUAAAGAUUGGUGAAAAAAUCACAGUAGAUAAGGACUUCCGGUUUUGUCAAAUGGGAUUAUGGGGAGAUAUGGCUGAUAGAGUAACAGGAGCUUUCUGCAAAAACUUCCUUGGAGAGCUUAUUAACUUGCCAAAACUUAUUCCAAACCUUCCCAAUGCCGUUCCAUCUGUACCUGGACUGCCUAAUCUAGGCGAAAGCACUGACUUGCAAAAGUUAGGUCAGCUGGGUCAGCUGGGCCAAGUGACUGGACAAGGAAAUGCGCAGCAGCUCGGACAAGGCUUAGGCCAAGCACUAAAUCCAGGAGCUGGUCUCACUCAAGUUCUGUCACCUAAGCCCACAAAACCAUCUCCAAAUAAUAUGUGGAAUAGGCCUUUUAGUAAUCCGUUUGGAUUAAAAUAAUUGUUUUUCAGAUACAUAGUUUUUACAAACGCAAAAUAAACUUAUAAUAGUUAAUUUAGCAAUUUUA